UUGAAGUGAACGGACCGCGCGGGUGUUUUGCGGGCGAGCAAAAAAAAAAAACAGCAGUACAACAACAGCGGCGGCGGGGCGAUUAAGCGAAACGCCGCCAAAACACACACAGCAAAAAAUUAUUGUUAUUAUUAUCUGAAAAAAGGAAAGUGCCCCCACCCCCUUCCCCUUCUCAGUGUGUGUAAGUGCGAAUCGGCGUAUCUCUGUGUGUGUUCGUGCGCGAGUGAGCUUGUGUGCGAAAAUGCAUUAAUUACACCAACACCAAGGCAGAUGCAGCAACAACAACGACAACAGCGGGAGAAAGAAGAGUUAACAGAAAUCCAAAUACAAUAAAAUACAAACAAAAACACAGGCGAAAAGCAAAUGGAAAUCGAGCAACAAAGCAAUAAAUGAUAAAAAUUUAAUUUUUUUAUUGUUUCCAAUUCAAUAUUGUGAUGCUUUUUCUGCCGAAUGAAAUUCGCAGGGAGUUCGCAGCAAAAGUUCACCCAAAAAUCCCGAGUGCUUAAAUACACAGCAAAGUAACAGAAAAAUUCAACUAGCAAGAAUAAUUUAAAACAAAUCGGUAAACUUUGGACUCGGAUCGGAUUUUUCGGUUCGGUACGCUAAAGAACUCAACGGGCGCGUCGUUUUCCUUUUUUGGAGGUUUUCGAAAUAGCAGCAACACCAAAAGCUAUUGCCGCAAAAUAACAGCAAGUAAAAUGCGCAAGUUUCGAAUACAGUCCAAAACGGGUUUACAAUAAAAACAAAACGAAGCCAGCCAAAAAGGAUCCGAUGAUCAGCCAAGGAAAGCCGCUUCAAUGGUCUCUCAACGCAAAUGUGCUAAAAAUGUGCAAGUGAAGCGGAAAUCUUACCAAAGUAAUUGAAAAAGAAAGAAAUCCAUUAAAGCCCCCAAAAUCAAACGAGGCGAGAAUCGUAACAAUCCCCAUACUGGAAUAUAUAAAAAACGAGUGCAUAAUGUUUAAUGGGAAGGAGGGCGCCCAUUUAAAAUGAUGCCCCUCCACUCGCGGAAUACGACGCAAUGCUUCUUCUAAAUAAAAGAAGAUUCUGCUGUGAGUGUUCCGUUGUCGAAACAUGGUACGCGAUAGUAGCCGUAACAUUUGUUUUGGAAAAUUAGCCGAAACUACGACGCCGCACCACCAACAACAGCAACAGCAACAACAACAACUGCAGACACAGCAACAGCAGCAACAACCAUUCGUUGUGGAUAGCAGCAGCACCAUUAAUAAUAACAACAAUAUUAACAACAAUAAUAACAAUAAUCAGAAAUUGAAAAGGUCUACAGAGGAACCACCGACAAACAGCUACGAAAGGAACUACUACGACCGCACCAGCAGCCGCUUAGUCAGUCAGUAUCAGGCAAGCAACUCUGCCUCCUUGGCCAACUCCCAUUCCAACGCCAGUCCCUCGUCCGUGUCCGUAUCCGUGUCCAGUUCGGCGGCAGGAGGGUCCUCCGAGAGGUCGCGCAACCGAGAUCGCCUGUACAGGAAUGGUUCUGCCAGCGGCAACAGCAGCAGCAACGUCCACGGCAACAGCAGCAGCAGCAACACGACGACGACGACGACAGCAGCCUGCACAGGAGCUGGAGCUGGAGGAUCUGGAACGGGGGCAGCCGGAGCAGGAGCCGGAGCUGGGGCUGGAGGAUUGGUAGGAUCGGGAGCUGGGGGGGCACCGCUGGGCGACCGGAGCAGCAGCCACAAUAUCCACCAGAAUCAGCAGAGCGCGCGGGUGGCACCACCACAGUCAUGGUACGAAGCCGCCGCUGCUGCAACGACGGCCCAAUUGAAAAGUCCUGGUGGCAGUGGCAAUGCCGGCGCCUCAGCAGCCGGUGGCUUUGCAAUGAGCAGCUCACCGAUCAACCAUCAUCAGCAUCCGCAUCCGCAUCAGCAUCCGCAUGUUCAGAAUCCUCAACACCCGCACUACAGCAGCAGCAGCCCAGCGGCAGGAGCCGUAGGAGGAGGUUCCUGCCCCUCUCCCGCCCAAGGACAGAUACAGAUCGCAUCGCAGUCGCAGACCACGGCCGUGCAUCGGAGCGUGGCCUAUGCGGGGAGUGCUGCGGAUGACUCGCUGACCACCGCCACCUCGCGCAAGAUGCUCCUGCACAGCAGCAAACUCAAUAAGCUGCUCAAGGGGACAGGGGCAGCGGGCAGCGGAGGAGCACGCUCUGGUUCGGAAUCGCCAGGGGGAGCGGGAGCAGUUGGAGCCGCUCCUCUGACGACGACAAGUACAAUCACAAACAAUAGUUUUAGUAGUAAUAGUUUAAAUAAUACAAUAAACACGGCGACUCCGACGAUGCCCACGAUAGCAUCCGGAGCAACGGGAGCUGCGGGAUCGGUGGGACUAGGAUCUGGCGCAGCAGCGGUAGCGGGUUCCAAUUCCGGUUCCGGUCCAGCCACCAGCGGAGACAUUCUAAAUGUGGCCGCUGCCCUGGCCGCCGCCGUGGACAACGGGAUGCCGACGCACCCGAUCCGAACGCGACACCACCUGCACGGACGCAGCACCACCUCCUCCAGUCGCUCGCACUCGCGUUCGCCGAGCAGCUACAGCAGUUCGCACAGCUCCUCGUCCUCCUCGCACUCCUCGUCCCACUCGCACGCGUCCAGUCCCGUCCAAUCCACGGGCAAUUGUGCGAUGGCGGAGGGGCGCAGCGGGCGUAGCCUUCAAUCCGUCGCUGUAACCAGCAACUCUUCAAAUCCCAGUGGCAAUGCUGGCAACGCCAGCAACGCAGGCGGCGGCGGCGGCUGUGGCUCCAGUUCGUCCUCGAGCAGCAGCUCCAGUUCAAGCGGAUCGUCCUCCUGCCUAACGGCCAAUCCAGUGGUGCAUUCCGAAGACAACCGGCCGCUGGCGAUACGUGUCCGCAACCUGCCCGCCCGUUCCUCGGACACAUCCCUCAAGGAUGGUCUCUUCCAUGAGUACAAAAAGCACGGCAAGGUCACGUGGGUCAAGGUGGUGGGCCAGAACUCGGAGCGAUAUGCCUUGGUCUGCUUUAAGAAGCCCGAUGAUGUGGAGAAGGCGCUGGAGGUGUCGCACGACAAGCACUUCUUCGGCUGCAAGAUCGAGGUGGAGCCAUACCAGGGCUACGAUGUCGAGGACAACGAGUUCCGACCCUACGAGGCCGAGCUGGAUGAGUACCACCCGAAGUCCACGAGGACGCUGUUCAUCGGGAACCUGGAGAAGGACAUCACCGCCGGAGAGCUGCGCGGCCACUUCGAGGGCUUUGGCGAGAUCAUCGAGAUCGACAUCAAGAAGCAGGGCCUGAAUGCCUACGCGUUCUGUCAGUAUUCGGACAUUGUCUCCGUGGUGAAGGCAAUGCGCAAGAUGGACGGCGAGCACCUCGGCAGCAAUCGAAUCAAGCUCGGCUUCGGCAAGUCCAUGCCCACCAACUGCGUCUGGAUCGACGGUGUCGGCGAGAAGGUCUCCGAGUCCUUUCUCCAGUCGCAGUUCACGCGAUUCGGAACGGUGACCAAGGUCAGCAUCGAUCGGAACAGGCAGUUGGCCCUGGUGCUGUACGACCAGGUGCAGAAUGCCCAGGCUGCGGUGAAGGACAUGCGCGGAACGAUCAUGCGGGGCAGGAAGCUGCAGGUGGACUUUGCGUCAAGGGAGUGUCAGGACGCCUUCUACGACAAGCAGGAGAAGCAGCAACAGCAGAGUGCAAGUUCCAACUCGCGCUUCAGUCGCUACGAAUCGACCUCCUCCUCGUCGCAAUCCCGGUCCCGAGCCUCAUCCUUCAGCCGGCACCAGAACAAUUCAAACGACGGCAGCUCGCCCGGCAACACGCCGGGAGGCAGCAGCAGUGGAACUGCCAGUGGGAGCAGUGCGUCCAACCAAAGUUCAGCGGGCAACAACGGAAGCGCCAGUUCGAGCAGUGGUGCUGCGAUGCCAGCGCCCAGCUUGGCGUCCGUCGCAGCAGGCAGCAGUGGCAGCUCCACAGGAGCGUCGCCUGCAGCCGCAUCCAUGCCCUCGGUGGUGGGCUCCUCCUCCGGUUCCAUGCCUAUGUCGCCAGCUACUCUGGCGCAAAGGUAUCGAAUGGCACGAAGUGCGCGGCAGACCGUCGACUUCGACUUCAAUGAUGUGGGUCGCCUCCGGUUUCGCAACUCCGAGGAGGCGGCCGGAGGUGCAGGAAACCCCACGCUGGACGAGGAUGUCCGCUCCGAUUCACCGGUGAUCACCCGACUGGGCCCGGCCGUAAACUGUUCGACUGGAUCUGCGGGAGCCGGUGGGGAGUCUAUGGAUGGGACGUUAAGCAACAGCCAAAUAAGUGGUGGAGCAGCUUCGGCGGCGGGUGGAGCGGCGGGAUUCACAGGAUCCGGCAGCAACAGCCUCAACCGGAGACGUUGCGAACAACUCGAGGAAUGCCCGUCCAGUGGUGAUGAGGGCGUGGUCAGUCCGCGUAAGCGCAUCAAAAUGGAUUACCACCAUCACCACCAUCAUUCCAAUGCCAGCGGGCUGGAGGCCACUGGCGAGCACGGCAGCAUCAGCAAGCCAAGUCUACUCUCCCUGUCCAACUGUGAUGUGAUACACGACCCCCUCAACCGCAAGAGCGAAAUCCGGCGGGUCUCAGAGACCCCGAGUGGUUCCCCCGGCAUGAAGUUCCCCGGCCACCUGCCAUCAGCCCCGCCAUCCAUGAUGAUCAGCUGCCGGCGCCCGUCCAUCGAUGUGGGAGCCCUGUCAGCGCUCUCCAGUUCCUCGGCCUUCAGGCACGGACUGGUGGGGGCCAGCAGCAUGGAUCAGCAGCACAUGAUGAACGCCUCGCUGGCGGCGAAGCGGAGACGAGUGACCACCACCAUGCAGCCCAGCUCAUCCUCGAGCAGCAGCAACUGCGGCGGAUCUGGCUUGGGCGGGAUCAGUAGUCUCACGCCGGCGGACGACUACCACCAUCACGUCUCCCGGGGCCGAGGCCACCAGCUACAUUCCCAUCACUCGCACGAGGCCAGCGGGGGAGAGAGUGCGGAUGGAUCUCGCCCUGGAACGCCGCUGUGCGACGAGCGGCCCGAAGUGCUGCCCACAGAGCCACGCCGCCUGCCCCCGCCGAGGGAGAGAGCGCGGGAGAGGGUCAGGGAGGUGAUGUGGCUGCCACUGCCCAAGUUCGGAGUGCUCUUCUUCCAGCAGCAGCAGUCCAGAGGCAGUGGAUGCGGAGCGGGAAGCAGCUACCUGCAGCAGCAGCUGGGCGUUGGAUCCUCCGGGGCAUUGGGAGGCCUGGGAGCCUCCUCCUCCUCCGCCUGUUCCCUCAACAACUCUAGUCUGAACGUCGGUCAGGGCAUGGGCUCCGGCUCGGGAUCCGCAUUCCUGCCCAGCCCCUCCUCGCGCUACUGGCGUUCCUCCUCGCACCACCAACACCACCAGCAUAAUCACCAGCAGCAGUCGCAGCAAAUGCACGGCUCCUCGUCCUCCAACUCUGGACUGAUGGCCAGUCCGGCGCGUCCCCGCUCGCUGAGCUCCAACUCCAGUGACUCGGAUGUGCCCGGUCAAAAUGCCGGAGGGAGUCCCUCGUUGGACGAACGGCUGCGCAACUUUGAGGAGAACUACGAGCGGUGGUCUGGAGGAAGCAGCAGGGAACAUGGUUCCGGUCACACGCCCUCCAGUGCCACGCCCUCUUGGCAGCUUUCCAUGCACAUGAACUUGGGCAGCGGCCUGAAUUCGCAUCAAACGAGCUCUGGAUCCGGCAACAGCAACAGCUCCAGCGGGACGGUGUCGAGUUCCACGAGUAAUUCGCGGCCCAAGUUCCUGGACAUUGAUGAGCUGCAACCCUCGGACAUUGUCAAAUCCGUGCUGGCGAAGAAGAGCAUAUUCGACGACGAUUUCCAGCGGCUGAAGAAGAACCAGUGGUACGAUCCAUCUAGCUCUGACUUCGCAUUGAGUGCCAGUUCCUCUAACAUCACGGUGGGAUCUUCUUUGGGGUCCAGCGUUGCCCGACAUCCUGGAGGUCCGUGCAGCGGAAACACUUCACCGGCAUUGCCCAAUCUCGCGGUCACAAAGACAACCCCAAUUAUUGGCAACUGCUCUGGUGGGUUGGGCAACUCGGCGAACAGCAAGACGGCAGGCUUGCUGCAGAGGCUGAGCAGCUUGUCGCCCAUGAACUCUCCUCAGGCUUCGAUGUCGCCCUACAACAGCCCAUCGCCGUCGCCUUCGGUGGGAGGAGCCAACUCAGCGAAUCUGGGUCAACUAGCGAAGCCCACAGUGCCCGGAACAGUGGGUGGAGGAGUCAGUGGAGCAGCUGGUGUCGCCUCAUCCUCGCCGGCUCCCAACUCCGGACCCACCAAGGGACUGCAGUACCCCUUUCCCAGCCACCCGCCAUUGCCGAACACCGCUGCACCACCGCCAGCGGUGCAGCCAGCGCCGCCUCCUCCCCCGGAAGUUGGAAAGCAAUCCCGGCCAGCUGGGCAGGCUUCGGGAGGCAAUCUGGCCAAGAGUUUGAGCGUGCCGGAUGCACCGCAACAGUCGCCCGCCAGAGUUCAGCUCCAGAAGUCCGCCUCAGUGCCCGGAAGCACCAACGUGGGCACCACCAUCAGCUCAUCUUCGGGGUCGGCUGCCAGCGCAGCGCCUGCAUCCACAUCUGCAACUACUUCAUCAUCAUCGUCCAACGGUAACAGUUCCUCAGUCACAGCAGCCACACAUGUACAAAAGCCUCCGACCCAGCCGAACACCGGCGAGGAUGAGCAUCCGAAGAAGAGUGGUGCCUCCUCGUCCCAAUCCUCGAGUUCCAGUUCAAAGAAGAGCAGCAGCAGCAGCAACGACAAGUCGCACAGCAAGCAUAACAACAGAUCGGACGGCGACAAGAAGAACAAGAAGUCGGAGAAGGUAUCGUCUUCCGAUAAGCGAAAGAACUCGUCUACCUCCCAGUCCUCCAAGUCAGCCACUCCCCGCAUCGAGGACGAGUCCAGUGAGCCCGAAGAGCCGGCGGAGAAGCCCGAAAAGGAGCAGCGCCACGAGCGAGAGAAGAAGGAGCGUCAGGAGAAGGAGAAGCGAGAAAAGGAACUGCGCAAGCAGCUCGAGCGGGAGGAGAAGGAACGCAAGGCUCUGCAGGAGGAGAAGGAGCGCGAGGAGCGAAAGGCCAAAGAGGAGAAGGAAAAGGAAAGAGAACGAGAACGCGAACGAGAGAAGGCCCAAGAAGAGCGGGAGAAGAAGGAGCGAGAAGAGAGAGAGCUUAGAGAGAAGGAGCAGCGAGAGAAGGAGCAAAAGGAGAAGGAAAUCCGAGAGAAGGAGCAGCGCGAAAAGGAGCAAAGAGAAAAGGAGCUGCGAGAGAAAGAGCAAAGGGAAAAGGAGCUGCGUGAGAAGGAGCAAAGGGAGAAGGAGCUCCUCCGCGAAAAGGAGCUUCGGGACAGAGAGCAGCGGGAAAAGGAUCAAGCCCAAGCCCGCCGAGUCGUGGAUGCCGAGCAGGAAGCUCGGAUGGGCCGAAUGCGCGAGCUCUCCUCGUACCACAAAAGCAAGACAGAGGCCACUCCCGAGGCCAGCAGCUUCUACUCCCACAACAACGCCACGCCCUCUGCAGCAUCCGGUGACUGUCAGCACAAUAAGGAGAACGCUGUGGAUGCCACGGCUCCCGCAAAUCCAAGUGCUACUCCCUCGACGCCCUCGGACAACGCUUCCAAGGACCGUUCGCGCAAGUCCUCCCGGAACUCGCCCGUGCGCCUGCACAAGCGACGCCUCAGCUCUCAGGAAAGCAACCACAGUGCCGGCGGAGGCGGAGCUGGCGGAGGUUCCAGUCAUCAGAACCACCAUGAUGACUACGUUAAGCGCAUUCGCAUGGAGAACUCCCACAACGCGUCGGUUCACAACAGCAAUCAGAGGUUGAACGACCGCCGGGACUCCAAGGAGCACAAGAGCAGCAGUUCCAAGGAGGAGAAGACCAGUGGCUCCCACAAUUCUAAGUCGCACGGCAGCGGCGGGAGUGCCUCCUCAGCCUCGAAGCAUCACCGCCGGGAUAAGCAUCACCAGAAGGCCAGUGCCAGCUCCGUAGAGACGAACCCCUCCAUGGAGGUGGUGGUGGUGGAUUCCGCUUCCCAAGCCAAGCAGCAGUUGAAUACGAGUGAAGAGGAGCAGCAUGCCCAGCCGAAAAGGGAGAAGGAGCGGGAGCACUCCAGCAGUCACCACCACGGCAGCAGUUCGUCCUCCAGGCACAAGAGCAAGCGAGACCAUCAUCACCAUCGCGAGAAGAAGCGUCACUCUGUGGCGGAGUCCACCAACACGGAUGAGGAGCACACACCCCAACAGCACAAUCCUCACCGGAGAAUAUCUGCGGCUGGCAGUGGAUCCGCUGGAGAGCUGAGCUCGGCAGCCACCAACACGUCGAGUGGAAAGCCCCACCAUCAUCACCACAGGCGAAGUGUGGAGCGGAAGUCCUCGAGGGGAUCGGACGAAGGUCAUCACUCCUCGUCGAAAUCCCUCCGUGCCAAGCUGAUGAUGCUGAGCUCGGCGGACUCCGACGACACCGACGAUGCCUCCAAGAAGCACUCCAUCUUCGACAUCCCCGACGAUUGCCCGAAUGUCUCCAUGUACGACAAGGUGAAGGCCAGGAGCUGCAAGAACAUGCAACGCCAGGCGGAGGAGAAGAAGAUCAAGGCGAAGUUCUCGCAGCUGAAGCAGUCGCGUGCCAAGAAGAAGCGCUCGACCAGCUACGAUGGUGACUCGGACACGGAGUUCGAGGACCGCCAUCACAGGAACAGCGGCAGCAGCAGUUUUCAUGGCCGCUACCCCGGACUUUCCAGUAGCGAUGAUGACGACGACGAGGAGCGCCACCAGCGUCGCAUUUUCUCGGACUCGGAUGCAGAGCCGGAGGAUCAGGACCAGCAGGACGCCAACUCUCUACCGGAUGCCAACAGGGUGCGCCAGAUGCAGCAGAAUCUGAGGAGGCUCUGCGACGGAGACGACAGCUCCGAGGACGAGAUCAGAAGGAAUGUGAUGAAGCACAGCCACCUCGGCAAACGCAACUCGCUCUCCACCAGGAUUGCCUCUGAUUCUGAAUCGCAGUCCCAGCCUGCGCCCGAUUUGGCGGUCAAGCAAGAACCACCUGCAGCUCCCGCCCCGGAAAUCAAGCAGGAGCAGCUCUCCGACAGCGAGCAGAAGUUCAAGUCGCGCCACGAUUCCAACUCGUCGGUGGAAGACCGCAAGGUGAAGACGGAGAGGGAGAUAAAGAAGGAGUACGGAGACUUCUACAACUCGGCUGCGUACGCCUACUCCGACUCUGGAAAGCUCAAGGACUACUCACCGGAGAUGCGGAAAAAGCACAAGAAGAGCAAGAGGCGCCUGAAGUCCUCCUCCACGGCGGAGACAUCAGCUCCUCCGACCCCGCUUGUAGUGACUCCAUCUACGCCCUCCAUCUUCGAUGUCCACUCCUCCUCCGAGUGCAAGAACAAGUUCGACAGCUUUGACGAUCUCAAAACAGAGAGUGCUUCGCUCCCGUUGGAGAUCUCGGCCAGCGAGAGGAGGAAGCACAAGGAGAGGAAGGAGAAGAAGCGCGAGAAGCUGAGGAACAUGGCGGAGACCAAUAGCAGCUCCACUGCAAACGCGACGAACUCUCCCCCUACCAACGAUGUUGCCUCCGAGAAGUUGUCGAAGGAGGAGCGCCAUCGCCUGAAGAAGUCCAAGAAGUCGAAGAGCCUGGACACCUCCUCCUCCACGAGAGUGUACAACUCAGGCGGAGUCCACGCCAAUGCUGCGCCCUUGCCUGCCACGCCGACCUCGGCACCUGCGAUGGUCCAGCCGUCGAAGAGGGGAGAGGACAAAAUGGAGUACAUCUUCGGCAUCAUUUCCGACGAGGAGGAGUCCCAGUUUCCCGACGAGCAGGGAGAGGGCAGCAAGGACAUCACCGCCAGCUGUGUGUCCACUACCGGCCCCAUUGUCUCCGCUGCCCUGCAGACCUACAAACAGGAGCCCUCCACUCCCACCAGCAAGACUCAGGAAGCCAUCAAUCAACUGCCCGUGCAGGAGGAUGAGCAGCAGCCACAGCCGCAACUGGAGAGAAGUCGCCAGGCGGGAGGCAGCGCCUCGUCCUCGCACGCGGAAAGGGAGAGGCACCGCAAGGAGAAGCGCGAGAAGAAGCGACGCGAGAAGUCGCAGCGAGAACAGCAACACCAAGCGCAGCAGCAAUCCUCGAAGACGGAGACCAAAGUUGAGGACGACAACAGUGUGGAUAUGGACGAGGCAGGAAGGGCUCUGGAGGCUCAGCUGAUGAUUGACUUCGACAGCAAGACGAUGCCAGAGGAGGCCACUCCCUCGACGGCCACCACCUACAGGUCGGACAUGGCAGAUGUGUUCCGGUUCUCCGACAACGAGGACAACAACUCGGUGGAGAUGAUCAAGCAGGGCGCCAAGCCGGAGCAGCAGGAGCAGCACAAGAGCAAGGACAAGAAGAAAAAGAAGAAGCGCUCCAAGGAAGAGAAGCAGGAGAAGCUGCUGCAGCAGCAGCAUCGCAGGGAGUCCUUGCCAAGUGUGGCUCCCAGCUCGACCGCGCCUCCGACUCCAGGAAAGCUGACUGUCAACGUUCAAGCCGCCAGCAAGCACGCCGAGGACCAGAUGGAUGCCAAGCUAGCUUCCUCGCCGCCCUUGUGCAAGCCGUCGCCCAGUUUGCCUUGUCUGAUCGGAGACGACGACGAGGAUCUGCUGCCGAAGCCGAAACCCACGACGCCAACGAGCCGCGGAAGCGACAACCUCACUCCCUCGCGAGAGAAGCCGCGCCUGAUCAGUCCCAUUCCCAAAACGCCCACCAUCGCCAACAGUUCCAUGCUGUCGACGCAGUCUGCCGAGACUCCAGUGAGCAGUGGAGCCGGGGUGGGAUCUUCCUCGGCUCUGGCCACCACGCCCACCUCCUCGACAGCGGCAGGAGCCAGUGCAGCAAUUGCUGCAGCGGCAGGCGGAGUGGAGACCUCUCCCACCGGGGCCUCAGCCCAGGGCAAGAAGAAGGACAUCUUCAUUCCCGGCUUCGAUGGCCAGCUGGAUGACAGGAUCAGCGAAUCGGCCGUGCAGUCCAUCUCGGCGGAGUUCAACUCUUCGUCUCUGCUCGACACCAUGGCAGAUGAGCCUAAGAUUCCGGUGGCGUCGCCUCCGGGUGCAACCAAACCCCUGGACAAGCUGGAGGACAGCAAGUCGCGGGUGACCAUCUCGCAGGAGGAGACGGAGAGUGCCGUGUCCGCCUUGCUGGGCGAAAGCUUUGGCACUUCCUCCACGGCGGAUUACUCACUCGACGGCAUGGACGAGUUGAACUCGGUGAGCGAGUUGGAAACGCCCGCUCUGGUGGUGGCGGAACCCGACGAGGAGGCGGCCCAGGCCGCGAGGGCCAUCGAGGCAGCCGUGGAGCCGGCGGCCAUCCUCGGGGAACCGGAAAUUGAAGCCGAACCAGAACCCGAGCCAGAACCUGAGCCAGAGCCCGAAAACGAUCCGGAGCCGGUCGCAGGGCCUUCGGACACUGAUGAACUCAAGAAGGCGGUGCUCAGCUUGAAGCACGAGGACAUGAUGGACAUCAAGGCUGACACUCCGCAGUCGGAGAGAGAUCUGCAGAUCGAUACGGACACGGAGGAGAAUCCGGACGAGGCAGACAGCAGUGGGCCGAGUCUAAAGAUCGACGAAACGGUACAGAGCUCCUCGUCUCCGGAGAAGUCCAUCGGCAACAGCAGCUCGUCCGCCAAGGAGCCGCCGAAGGUGGACACUCCACCAGAGGAGUCCAAGUCGAGGAACAGCAAGGAGACCGCUCCCCAGCCCUCGGUGAUCACCAAACUGCCCUUGUUGGAGCAGAAGAAGACCACUGCUCCAAGUGGACCAGGACUGUCGUCUUCGCCUGCGAAGAUUGAGCCACCAACCAUCAGCAAACUGCAACAACCGUUGGUGCAGCCUGUGCAGACCGUGUUGCCAGCACCUCACCCAACCGGAAGCGGAGUGAAUGCCACUCCCGUCAUCAACCUGGACCUGUCCAACGUGAUGAGCAACUGCUCUAACUCCAGCGCGGCUUCCACCGCAGCAUCGGCGUCUGCCUCCAUCUCGUUCGGAAGCCCCACGUCCAGUCAGAGCAUUAUGCCUCAGGCGUCCACUCCCAAGCAGCAGACUCCGUUGACUCCGCAGCAAACGUUGCGUUCGCAGUCGCUCAUCAUGCAGCCACCAACGAUAUCCAUUCCGGAACCGACGCCCCACUUUGUGGUGCCCCAGAUGGUGCUCUCGCCCCAUCAGCAACAGCAGGCACACCACCCGCAGCAACCGGGGAGCUACAUGGUUGGCAUUCGGGCUCCCUCUCCGCACAGUCCGCUGCUCUCGCCAGGACGAGCUGCACCCCAGAACCGCCUGGUGGGUCAGCUGAGUCCCGUUGGACGACCUGUGGCGAACCAACCGCAACCGCAGCAACAGGUUCAGCAGGCACAGCAGCAACACGUGUUGAUCACCAGUCCGCAGCAGGGCAGCAACAUGAGUCCGUUGGCCAGUCCCACAACUCGAGUGGUCGCAGCCAACAACUCGCCCACAACCAGCAAGCCGAACAGUUACCAACCCAGAAACCAACAGCAGCAAGUGCCGCAGCAGCCCUCGCCGAAGUCGGUCAUCGAAUUGCAGACCUCGCCGCAACUGAUGGCCCUUCCGCUGCAGAAAAUGCCAGCCAUGCCGGUUCCCCAUCAUCCGACGAUCAUCAGCAAGGUGGUCACCGUUCAGCCGCAGCAGGCGACCCAGUCGCAGGUGGCCAGUUCGCCACCUUUGGGCAGCCUGCCGCCGCACAAGAACCUCCACGUGAACCCGCAGCAACCGCACCAUCAGGCUCAGCAGCAGCAGCACUCGCCGCAGAUGAUAGCAAAGAUGACGGCCCACCAGCAACAUCAGCACCAGCAGCACGUGCAACAGUUCAUGCACCAGCAGAUGAUGCAGCGACAGCAGCAGCAACAGCACAUGCAACAGCAACAGCUGCAUGGUCAGCCGCAGCAACUGACGCCUGCGCAGCAACACCAGAUGCAGCAGCAGCAACUAAACCAGCAACAUCAGGCUCAGCAGCACCAUCAAGCCCAGCAGCAACAUCAAAGCCAGCAACAGCUGAACCAGCAACAUCAUGCCCAGCAGCAGCACCAGGCUCAGAAACAGCAUCAGGCGCAGCAGCAGCUAAGCCAGCAGCAUCAGGCGCAACAGCAACACUUGAACCAGCAGCAGCAGUCCCAGCAGCAGCAGCUGCAGCAAAUACAAAAGCUGCAGCAACAGAUCCAUGCUCCCCAGCAGCAGCAGCAACAGUCGCCUCAGGGAUCCGCCCACCUGGGAGCUCCUUCGUCGAUGUAUGCCCCGCAGCAACACCAUGCGCCGCAGCUCCCACGAGCUCUGCCGCAGCAGCCACAUCCGCAGCAGUUGCCGCACAGCCCUCCCUGCAAACCGAACAGCUUGGUUCCCGUGCCGCAGGGCGCGCAGUCUGCGGCAAUAUUGACGCGAGUUGGACCCCCAGCGCAGCAACCACACCAACCGCCUCCGCCAGCACAUCAUCAACAGCAGCAGCAGCAGUCUUCGCCCGGAGGCAAUCUGUCUCACCCAACACCACUCAAUGUGAUCCAGAAUGCUCCGAAGUUGAUUGUGCAACAGCACAUCGUGCCCCCACCGAGUCAAGUUGCCGGACCUCCACCACCGACUGCAGCGAAUGCCAUCCACUACCCUCCAAACCAGAACAAGGAGAGUCCAGUACCAGUUCCAGUUCCCGGCCAUGUGGAUCCGUCGGCCCUCAAGACGUCGGAGAGUGUCUCGGUGAUUCGCACACCGACUCCCACCACCAGUUCGGCGGUGAUCUCUCCGAAGACUGGUGGCUCGCUGUUGACGGAGGAGAACCUGAUCAAGAUCUCGCAGCCCAAGCAGGAUGAGCUCGUCGAGCAGGACUCCAAGGAGGUCGACAGCGAUUACUGGUCGGCCAAGGAGGUAAACAUCGAGAGUGUGAUCAAGAAACUGGACACACCACUGGCCAGCAACAUCAAGGACGAGAAGCGACCGGUGGAGAUGCAGAGAGUUGGCCCAGCUCCUGUUUCCAAUCCCCAACCUGUGGAUACUCCAGUCGCUCAGGAGACUCCCCUGCCAACUCCUUCUGUGGGCGUGAACAGCUCCAACGACCACGACACUGAGGAUGAGACGGAGACCAGGCAAUUGCCGCCCGUUAAGCCCGCCACGCCCACUGUGGGCAGGCCGCCGGGCAGAGGAGGCACCGCGAAGCGUGGUCGCCAACCGAGGGGAUCGAAGAAGCAGGGAGGCUUCCCUCUGAGCUCAGCGGUAGCUGCCCCUGGAGCGGAUUUGGGACUGGUACUGCAACCGGGAGACAACGGAGUGCAAACGCGGUUGAGGAAGCCAGUCACGGCUCCAGUAACCAGAGGCAGGAAGGGACGUCCUCCGCGCAACCUGCUGUUGCAGCAACAGCAACUGCAGCAGCAGCAGCUCGACCUGCAGCGAAAGGCCAUGGAAAUGGUGGCAACGAACACUCCACCAGUUGCGCAGCCACCGGUCCCACCCCCUCCGAAUCCUGUGCUCACGGCCGCAGAGAAGAAGGCCAGGAACCAGGCGCUGACUCAGGCGCAAGCCCAGCACCAAGCUGCCAGUCAACAAGUUGGAAGCAGCCAGGACAUCUACGAGUUCCACGAGGACGCGGGGGAGGAGCCCAAGGGUAAGGCAAACUCCGCUGCCGCUCCACCUGCCGAGGACCAGCGGCCACGACUCAUCCUGACCAUCAACAAGACCCAGCCAUCGAUCAAGAACAGCAGCGAGGUGGAGCAGGCCAUGCAGCCCCAGCAGCAGCAGGCGGAGGCUGCUCCGCAGCCGGAUCUCAUCGCGGGCGACAGCUCGGAAUCCAGCAACACACGCAAGUCGCGGCGACUGCAGGAGAAGGAGGAUCGCAGCACAGUGGACGACAUCAUCGAGGAUGUGGUGCGGAACACCAACACGCCCACUGGCGCAGGUCAGCAGUUGCCCAAGGGGGCCCAAACCCCUCCGCGACGUUCUGGCAGGAACGCGCAGGCUAAGAAAGCGGAUGCCGUUCAUCCCGUCAACGCAGUGGGUCGCCCAAGACGGUCCAAGGACAGGAAGACCAUUGGCGAACCGCCGGCUAGCCUGAUGGAGGAGCCAGUGGCGCCGAAUCCCACUGCAGUUGCUUCUCCGGCCAUUAGCCUACCGCCACCGGAGCCAGUGCAAGUGCAGCCCCACAUGCCGCAGUUGGACAGCAAGGAGGUGGAACCAGUCCAAGCCGUGGCUCCCACUCCCACUCCUGCUCCUGCUCCUACACCUACUCCUACUCCUACUCCUGCUCCAGCUCCUGUGACCGCGACUGCGCCCGUUCCCGUUCCUGUGCCCAAGCCAACAAUGCCACAACAUCCGAAGAAGAAGGCGAUUGCGGCGGCGGAGAUCGAGUCCUAUCAGGCCAUCAACUCGUCCAUCCCCAGCGGAGGACUGCCGAUGCACCAGACAGCCGCCCCCGCGACGCAGAAGAUCACUGGCGGGGCAGCGGAUGCGGUCAGCAAGGCCCUGGUCGAUCCCGUCACGGGGGUGAUAACCGCGGGAAUGCCGCAGGGCAAGGAGGGAAACCUCCCCGCAGCGACGGCGGCUGCUCCUGCCAACAGCAGCAACGAGGCGGGUCCCCCGGCUCCUCUCUCGCAGCAGCAGCAACACCAGCAGCAGCCACAUCAGCAGCAAGCGCCGCAGCAGCAGGGAAGUAUGCAGAUCAGUGCCACUGUGAUUGCAUCUGGCGCUCCCACCCCGAUCACCACUUUGGGCAAGCCUGUGCAGCUUGAAUCCGCGGCAGCCGCUGCGCUGCUCAACAAGAACGUGAGUGUGCUGGUGAAGGGAAACACCACGCCGGUGGUGAUCCAGCAGCAGCAAGUGCCGCAGAUAGUGGCUCCGCCGAAACAGCCCAUCGUCCUGCAGCAGAACCCGCUGCCCACUGUGCUGCAACACGCCCAGCACAGCAACGUUCGCCCGCCGCAGCCGCUCAAGGCCCACGUGCUGAACAGGGAGAAGAACCUCCAGCAGCAGCUGACGCCCACCAAGCAGCCAGUGAGUCAGCCGCAACCGCAGCCGCAGCAGCAGCAACCGCAUCCUGGACACAUGUUGCUCACAGAUGCGGCAGGGAACCAGCAACUGCUGCAGCCCCAGAUCAUAGCACGUCACAUGCAGCAGCAGCAGCAGCAUCUGCUCGUGAAUGUGCCGCCUCCAACGGCACACUCGCCACACUCUCCGAGGAUUUCGGGUCAGCAGCAGCAGCAGCAGCUGGGUCCGCCAGGAGCCUCCUUGAAUCCCCAGCAGCAGCAAACGCUGGUCAUUAAGCAGGCGACUUCGGCAGCCCCGCCGCAGAUAUUGCACGUGGUGAGUUCGAAGGCUUCGGUGGUGCCGCAGCCACAACAACACCCACAGCAGCAGCCGCCACCCACGUCGUCGGGAGGAGCUCAUUUGCAGCUGGGCAAGCCCAACUAUGGCUACGCCCCCUCCGUCUUGCCGCCCACUUCCUCGGCCGCAGUCCAGCAGCAGCAGCAACAACAGCAACAGCUGUAUAAGCAGGCCAACCAGCAGAAGGGGGCGCAGGUGCAACUGCCUCCUCACGGCAUGAUGCUGCCCAACCACCCCGGAAUGCUGUUGCAGCAGAAGCCCCCACCACAUCUGCAGCCACAGCAGCACCAGCUGACGCCGUCGCCGCCGCCUGGCAAACCGAAUCCCGUGGUGCACAGCCUGCAGGCGGGACAGAUUAUGCCGGGCGGUGUGGGCAGUCCGCCACCGGUGUCCGCUGCCGUGUUGAAGUCCGCGCAGCAGCAGGUCAACUCCGCAGCAGCAGCAGCUGGCAUGCGCACAGCAAUUCCGAACAUCAGUCCGCAGGGCCAGCCGAGGGUAUCGCCAUUGGUGCUGCCACCGGGAAUAGCCGUAGUGCCGUCCUUCGAUGCCGGCUUGCAUGACCUGGGCGCCUAUGUCAGUGGACGGCGAACCCAGAGUCCGCCGCCAGCUCAUCAGCAGGCAUCGCCCAUAACACCGAACGAUUCCACGUACCGAGGAGUGGCUGCUUCCAGGGACUUCAUUCUCUACCAGCAUCACCUGAUGCGAGGCGGCGACUAUGAUGACAAGAUGACCAGCAGUCCGCCGCUGGAGCUCCGACGACCUGGCAGCGGACCUCCGAGGCCCAUCGCCGUACCGCAUAGUUUGCAGAGUCCUCAAGAUCGCACAGCAGCUGACUCCCCGCAAAUGGCCCAGGUGUACGUGCACAAUGCACGCAUUCCACCGGCCCAUUACAGUGACAUCGCCUCGCGAGCCGGUGGCUACUACGAGAGUGGUGGCCUGCAGCUCGAACCGCCGCCAGCCCACCGACCCACCGCGUCUAUCAGCGUGGUGGUGCCGCCGCAAAUGCCAGUGGUCUCCACCGGAAGUCCGUUCAUCGGGCGCGAUGGCAGCGUUCAGCCGAGCAGUCAUCUGCACCCGGGCAAGGCGAUGGAGAUGCAGCUGGAGGAGAUGGAGCGCAUGUCCAUGAUCGCAGCAGCCGUCAAGCAACAGCAGGAGCAUCUGCCACCUGCUCUGCACGCCGGCUUGGAACUGGCCGCCCAGCAAGCUCCUCCAGCGAUGGCUCCGCCACCAGGCGACUCCCUGCUCACACUGCUGCAGCGUUAUCCUGUAAUGUGGCAGGGUCUGCUGGCCUUGAAAACCGAUCAGGCUGCUGUUCAAAUGCACUUCGUACAUGGAAACCCGAAUGUGGCAAGGGCCUCCCUUCCCAGCUUGGUGGAGACCAACACGCCGUUGCUGAGGAUCGCGCAGAGGAUGCGACUGGAGCAGACGCAGCUGGAAGGCGUUGCCAAGAAGAUGCAGGUGGAGAAGGAGCACUGCAUGCUCUUGGCUUUGCCAUGCGGACGCGAUCACGCAGACGUGCUGCAACAUUCAAGGAACCUUCAGACCGGAUUCAUCACCUAUCUGCAACAGAAAAUGGCCGCCGGCAUUGUGAACAUACCUAUUCCGGGCAGCGAGCAGGCGGCAUACGUGGUGCACAUAUUCCCGGCCUGCGACUUCGCUAACGAAAACUUGGAGCGCGCUGCACCGGACCUCAAGAAUCGCGUUGCCGAGUUGGCCCACCUCUUGAUUGUCAUCGCCACUGUGUAAGUCACAAAACUGGCCACCAACUGGAGAAUUCAAAACACCACGGAUGCGACACGCAAAACAACCCGGAUGUAAAACACCACAGGCAAAUACAAACCCUGAAAUGAAACCAGAAAGAAACUAACAAACAAAAACAAGUUACGCUCUUCUAGUAUUUUAAGUAAUUUUAAAUAGCGAUUAAACAAGCAAAAGUUUAAAAAAGCAAAACAAAACAAAACAAAAGGAACUUACAGAAGCAGAAACAUGCAAACUUUAUUGAAUAAAUAAAUGCAAGAAAAGCAGAAGAUUGAGGCCAAGCUCACGUCAAAACAAGCGGAAGAAGAAGAAGUCCAUUCAGAUCCCGACACUUUGAAAGCAGAAGCGAAACGAUGAAAAUUUAUCUAAAUUAAUUAUUUAACUUUCCCUAAUUUAAAACCUUUAAGAAAAAGCUUGCAAAGUAUCGUUAAGUUUGAUCUCAAGAAAGAACGUUUUAUUUUUGCUUAAUUUAAAAUGAAAGAAACACGAAAACCUACACUUAAAAAUGAAAGAAAUGUUAAACAAAGCUUGCAACGUAAUAACUGUUUACUGUACUAUGCAUACUACUACCCAUACAUAAUAUGAAUAUCCGAUCCUAUCCCCUAACACGAUUAAGUUGUGAUUGGUCAAUAACUUUCGACUACUUCGGUGGGAAGAUCACUGCACUGCUCCGCGUUUUACAAAGUUUCCGCCCGCGAACAAGCAACCUUUUUAGUUUCGAUCGAUCGGUUCCUUGGCUCUAUGGAAUGCCUGUCUAGAAAACUAAAAAACUGAAAAACUAGAAAACGGGGCCUGGCAUAGACCCAAAGAACUUCAAAUGAGUCUGGUUUGUCAAGCACAAUUAGGUUUAGAGAUGCGCCAAGAGGCUUUUCCUACGAUUACAUACAUUAUGCAUUACAUUAUAUUACAUUAUCUAGACGCGUAUUUAAUUAUAAUCAAUAUGUUAAGCCAAAUACUUUAAAGAUUAGACACGUUUCGCAUCGUUUCGUGUUGUUAUUUCCGCUCUGCACCAGAGUUUCUUCUAUUCUCCUUUCAAAGAACCCUGCAACGAUUGCUGGUCUUUUUGUUUGUUUGUUUCCUCCGAUCUUCUGUUUCUGUUCUACUUUUUUGAAUUACCAUCACCACUGCCACAAAGCUAAAUCUAAAGAUGAUCACUGAUAUCUAAAUCUAAAUAAAGGCGUUCCGAUCUCCUCCCACUUUUUAGUUUUUGUGCGCGAAACUUUGUACAAUGCUGGGUAGUUUCGGGACCCCCUUUAUACCAUUAUGCUGACACCCCACAAGAAACAUAAACAAUAUGAUACAAUAACCUAUAUAGUACCCUCUCUGUACACUCCUUAAACUUAAAGUAAGUUCUCACACCCACUUGUAAAAUACGUGACCGACAGAAUAAUAAUAAAAAAGAUAAAACACGAGUAAAGAAAAGAAAGCAAAACUCAACUGUAAAAUAUUUAAAUUAUUUAGACUCUAACAAGUAUGAAAUGUAAAUACAGUUUAAUUAGUAUUUAGCGCGUAUUUAGUUGUAUGUUUUAAAACUAAACUAAAGAGAAACUGUACAUUAUAUAACAAUUAACGAUACAAGAACACGAGAGAUCAGAUCUGCAAGAGGUCACCCAGAAAAAGAUCCCGAUAAGGGAAAAAGAAAAAGAGAGAAGAAAGCAGCAAGUAAAAGAACACACAUUUUUCAAGUUGAAACAGAUGAAGCGCUGUUAAACAUAUGUUAAUGUAUAAGUUGUAUUUUUUAAGAAACUUUUUAGUUAUUUCCUAAGUUACUUUGAAGAAACCGAUUAAAUUACACUUAUUUCUUACA